GUUCUAACAUAAACAUUCCAUUUUCUAUAUAAACUGUGAAUUACUACAUAAACUGUUGUGAAACUAUCACUGCCCAGUUAAAACUUUUAAUUAUUGAGUGAGUUUUUAGUGCAUUUUGAAACAUAACUUCAUCGAUCAAUUACAAUCGACCAGCGUCGACUAUUCCCCUCGAAUUCUGACAAGAUGCAAGAUGGCCCCCUCAAGGGGCCGUCGGAGACCCCGCCGCGCUGGGGCGGCUUCGACAAGUUCCAGAAAUUCAAAAACACCAAAUCGAAAAGUUGCGACUACGCCGAACUGGACUACAUCGACGAGAACACGGAAAACGGAUUUAGCACUAAUAAUUUGGUUGACAGGUGUCAGUUGCCGUUGCCGAAUGGUCUGACAGGUGUCAGGACGACUAGGCAGGUCGUUUCGGUCAGGGUGACCGGCAGGAGAGAGGUCAGGACGACUGUCACGACCAGGGUAAUGAGGACGACCGAGGUUAGAGGAAAUAUUAGUGAUAGAACGAAUUGUGCUGGCAUUGAUUCCUGUGAUAAUACUGUUAAUGAUCAAAAUGCCGCACAUGUACAAGAUGGCGUCGCGGCGCAAAAUGGCGCUGCGUUACAAAAUGGCGGUCCUUUACCAAAUGGCGGUCCGUUACCCAAUGGUGAUCCUCUAUCCACUGUGACUAUUAGGAGUAAUAAGAAUCCGAAAGUGAGAACUGAUUUGAAAUUAAAUGAUGCUAGUUUAAUGAAUAAAUUCGAUUUUAAAUCGAGUGCCAGUCCGACGAUGGUGGUCAAUGCAGGAUGGUUUUCGUCGUUGAAAAGGACGAAAAAAAAUAGGAAUAAAAAUUCGGAAAUGGACAAUGUUAAGGCGACGAGCAAGUCGGCUUGGGACUUGAGCAGCAUGAAAAAUAUGCAACUUAAAGAUGAAUUGGGCGAAGUCGUCACCGAGAUGGAAUCUUUGGACACUCUGGAAGAUGGCAAACACACCAACAGGGCGAAACAGAUGUCCAUCGGUAGGAAAAAGUUCAACAUGGACCCGAAGAAGGGCAUCGAGUACUUGUACCAGCACGAACUUCUGCAGAGGACCGCCGAGGAGGUCGCCCAAUUUCUGUACAAGGGCGAAGGGCUCAAUAAAACGGCCAUAGGUGAUUACCUCGGCGAGAAGAACGACUUCAACGAGGCCGUCCUCCGGUGCUUCGUCGACCUGCACGACUUCACCAAUCUGAUCCUGGUGCAGGCGCUGCGCCAGUUCCUGUGGAGCUUCCGCCUGCCGGGAGAGGCUCAGAAAAUAGACCGAAUGAUGGAGUGCUUCGCCCAGCGUUACUGCCAACUCAAUCCGGACAUCUUCACCAACACCGAUACUUGUUACGUCUUGAGCUUCGCCAUCAUAAUGCUGAAUACGUCCCUGCACAACCCGAGUGUAAGGGACAAACCAGGUCCGGAGCAGUUCAUAUCGAUGAACAGGGGGAUAAACAAUGGCGGUGAUUUGCCGCACGACCUUUUAAUGUCUUUAUACGAAUCGAUCAAGACCGAGCCCUUCAAGAUCCCCGAGGAUGAUGGCAACGACCUGAUGCACACGUUUUUCAACCCCGACAAGGAGGGUUGGCUGUGGAAGCAGGGCGGAAGGUACAAGUCGUGGAAGAGGCGCUGGUUCAUAUUGAACGACAACUGUCUCUAUUAUUUCGAAUACACCACUGAUAAGGAGCCGAGGGGGAUUAUUCCACUGGAAAACAUAUCGGUUCGAGAAAUCCAAGACAGACAGAAACCUCACUGUUUUGAGCUGUACGCCUGUGGCGGUGCUGAUUUUAUAAAAGCUUGCAAGACUGACUCCGAAGGAAAGGUUGUCGAAGGCAAACACACCGUGUAUAGAAUGUCUGCAGCAACUGCUGAGGAAAAGGACAAGUGGAUCCGUUGUGUCCGGCAAAGUAUAUCCCACAAUCCAUUCUACGACAUGCUGGCACAGAGGAAAAAGAAAGCUCAGCAUCACGGAUAGAAAGAUUUAAUUUAAUACAAUAAGAAGAAUCUUUAAGAAGUAGUAAUGGAUUGAAGUGGUUAUUUCUUCUUAAGUAAGCUGGCCUACUGGGGAUAUAUUUUAUGUAACAGUAUUUCUUGAGCUUUUAAUAUUGUUUUAACAUUGUUUGUCGUUUGUUUUCCAUUAAAUAUUGAAAUAUCUGAUAUUUCAAUGUUUAAUGCUUACGUGGGUACCUGUUUAUAUUAGUUAAGUCUUAAGAAACAAUGUCCAGCAGUUGGUUUCUAUAUUUUUUUAAAUAUUCUAUUUUUAUUUCAUUUGUCCUUUUCGUUUGUUGUAUAAAUAUAUGUAUAAACAAGUUUCAAUGUUUAAUUUAAGUGAUGGGAAGAGUAAAAAAAUCUACUGUGAUUUUUUUUGUAUAUAUUUAUAUAAAAUAUUGCCACUAUAGCUAGUGGUUGUUGUAAGUUAUAAUAUUAUAAUAAUUAU